AUGGCCCCUCCCGCUGCCGACGUUGAUGUUGUGAGCCCCACUGAGGCCGCUCCUGUCUCCGCUCCCUCCAAGAUCGAAAACCUGUCCGGCACGACCAACAGCAGCGCGUCUCGCCUAAGCGGGCCCCUCAAGUAUUCGGGCAGUUUAGAUUCAUACGAAUCUUUCGAUACCACGGGUGUGAUUGGCCGCGAAUUCCCCGCUCUUCAGUUGAGCGAAAUCCUUCAUGACGACGACAAGAUUCGUGAUUUGGCCAUUCUUGUAUCCCAGCGGGGGGUUGUUUUCUUCCGCAACCAGGAUCUAACCAUUGAAGACCAAAAGCUUCUUGGCCAGAGGUUGGGUGAACUGACGGGGAAGCCCGAAACCUCCAAGCUUCAUCGCCAUGCCCUCUCAAAUAGCAAGCGUGGUAUCGCUGUCGACGAAAAUGGAAAGCUCGACGAUGAGGUUUCCGUAAUCUCAUCCGAGCAGAACCGCAAGUUUUAUGGGGAGCGCUACACCCACCUCUCCAAAAAGUUUGCAAGCGAUGGCUGGCACGCUGACAUCACCUUUGAAAGGAUUCCUUCCGACUACGCCAUCCUAAAAAUUGUCCAACCUGCCGAGGAUGCUGGUGGCGACACUCUUUGGGCUUCUGGUUACGAAGCCUACGAUCGCCUUUCCCCAGCCCUCCAGAAGCUUGCCGAAAGUCUCACGGCGACUCACUAUCAGCCUAACUUUGUCAAAGUCAAAGACACUUUUGGAGAAGAACUUAUCGAUGAUUAUCGCGGCGCUCCUGAAAACACCGGUCUUGAUUUCCAAGCCGAGCAUCCUGUGAUCCGUACCAACCCCGUUACCGGGUGGAAGAGCCUGUUCGCUGCCGGCCACCAGGUGGAGGCAGGUUGGAUUAAUGGAGUGACUGAUCGGGAGAGCGAAAUCUUGAAGAAUUACUUCACGCAACUCAUUGUCGAAAAUCAUGACCUGCAGGUUCGCUUCCGAUGGAACAAGAACGACCUAGCAAUUUGGGACAAGUAA